AGGACACUUGUCUUCUUAAUUAAAUUCCCUCCCCGCCAAUUGCGCCCAAAGCACAAAUUUCAGUCUUUUUUUAUGUUUUUUUUUUCUUUAAUAAAGGCCUUAUCCUCAGUCUGGUUUAAAAAUACUCCAAAUUUAUGAAAAUGGUGAUGCAUAUUUACAAAUUUUACUUGUGGCACAAAUGAAUCUUUUAAAAUGUGAAAAAUCUAACUCGAAAAUUCGUACAUUGUACCAAAAAAACCAAGCACACACAUCUUAACAAAGUUGACGUUGUUAACCAUAAAAAAAAAAAGAGAGAGUAAAAACAUGUUUACUUUGUUGUCAUUUGACAUAUCAUGUGCUAUACAUUAAUUGGGAUGUUCGACUUACUUGUCAUGUCAUAUGAUCAUGACAUUAAUUUCAUAGUAGAGAUUAUCAAUAUUGUUGAUAACCUAGAUAUACUUGUUUUGCUUACGGACUCAUGUAAAAUGUUUUUUACAUUCUGUAAAUAUUAUUUGUUUAAUUGUGCGUGCUCCCUUCUUUUUCUUUUUUUUUUAAUUGGUACACUCUUCAAUACAGAUCAGAUCAUGUAAUACUCGACAUAACCGGUUUAAAUUUUCAUAACAUCUUCCACUAAUAAUAUAAAAAAAAAAGGGAGGAAGAAGUAAGUAAUAAAACAAAUGCAUAAGAAUAAGGCUAGAUUCUUCUAUGGGAUAUCUUUUUUCUCUAUAAUUCUCUCUCCGGUCUUAAGCUUCCUUCCUCUCUAUAAAUACAGACACCGGAGCUCCGCGCCACCUAUAUCUGCAACAGUUCAAGCGACCAUCAUAUCUCCUCCAACCACCGUACCUCUUCUCCGGUAGCCGGAAAGUGAAGAAGCCUACGUAUAUAAACAUAAACAUGGGAGCUCUGGACUCUCUUUCCGAUUUCGUAUACGACUUCUUCGCAGUCGCCAAGCAAAAGAGGAAGCGCAAGCCUCUCCAGACGGUGGAGAUCAAGGUGAAAAUGGACUGCGACGGCUGCGAGAGGAAAGUCAGGAACGCUGUCUCCCACAUGAAAGGAGUGAAAUCGGUGGAAGUAAUCCGGAAGCAGAGCCGGGUGGUGGUGACGGGACACGUGGAGCCGAACAAGGUGCUGAAGAAGAUACUGAGGACGGGGAAGAAGGCCGAGUUCUGGCCCUACGUUCAGUACAACCUCGUGGCCUACCCUUACGUCGCCGGCGCCUACGACAAGAAGGCGCCCUCCGGCUACGUCAGGAACGUCGUCCAGGCUCUCCCCAACCCUUCCGCACCCACCGGCGCCGGCGAGCAGUUCACCACCAUGUUCAGCGACGACAACCCCAAUGGUUGCUCCGUCAUGUAGAAAAAAAAACGGCCUUUUUUGUUAUAUAUAUAUUCCGUUCCAGUUGUCUUGCUGUUGUGGGCCUUGUGGCCUUUUUCCCCCGGCCCAAUGAGGGAAUCCGGUAGCUGUGGGGACUGGGCAUAUAUAGUAUAGAUAGAAAGGUUGUUUCUUUCUGCUUUAAAAAUUCCCCUCGUAAAAAGUGGUUUCGAGUAGGUGGUGGAUUCAUUGCUUAGCCUUAUGCGCAAGGUUGUCAAACCGGUUUAUGUCAGUGUGUCGGUAUGACAAGUGGAAUAGUUCGACCGGUGGUACGUAUUGGUUUGUAUCGGUUCAUACCGGUUAAUAUUACAAAUACUCAUAUUUAAACACGACAUUUAACAUCAAUACCUAAAUAUUUCCACCCUGACCUUUGGGAAUCGGGAGGUUUUUUUUUUUUUGGCAAAGUCAGAUGUUGAAUCGAAAGUCACAAACGGGUAGAAAGAAAAGCGCGGGAGUCGAUCAAUAGUCGAACUCUCGAUGAGAGGGCCUUUUGUGCCACGUGAUGGGCAGCCCUGUUGAGUUGACGAGAAACAAAAACAGUAAGAAACUUUGCUGAACGAAGGCGUCAAGCUCCUAGAUGCGUCAUCCAGAAUAGCUCCACCCCGCGAUCAUGAUGCAUAUCACCUCCAAUCAUCCGGCGUAUCAAGAGUUGAGAGUCCCCAUGAAAAAAUGAACAGCAAGAAGGGAAUGAGUUAGACACCACUAUAUAAGGCUGACGUAGAGCUAAACAUUCCAUAUUGAUUAAAUGGAUCCUCGAUCUCAUCAUAACAUUUUCCAAAGACAAAUUAACAUUACCUGUUGUAUGAAAAGCCUACAAAAUCAAUAGUACCUCUUUGACCACGCUUGGCCGCACCAUCAAACCAGACGUUGAUUCCGGCCGAGGGAGGGUUUAUUUACAUUUAUGUAAAAGUUUUUUUUAUGGGUAGAAAGUCGAGGAUUCUAAUUUAUAUAUAUCAUUAAUACCCAUGUCGUCGUAAAUUUCUAAUAACAAUGGUAGCUGAAAUUCAGAUUGGCGUGGACGCCGGUUCAUAGUAGAAACAAAUCCACAUGUCAGAACAGUUUCAAUUGGACUAGGGUGUGUUGUCAACUUGUCUACAUAAACAACGUUAUAAGUAUAUUUUUUAGAUUAUUUUUGUCCUUCUACUACAAGAAUAUAUUAUCAUCUAACUUGACCCUCCAUCUGAAAUGUAAGAAUAUUAUCAAACAGAAUUUUGGCUUGAUUGUCACUUUUUGAUGACAUUCUUAUAGUAAAAGAGCUGAAGAAUUAUUGAGGACAUGCUUGAAAACUUUACAAAGUAGAGAGACAAAGUAUACCUAUUAACUUAAAAAAAUCAAAUCUUUGUUAAAUUUUGACAUUCCACUUGAUGAAAUUUGUGACCGGACGAAAACUAUGAUUGAAUUUAAAUAUGAGAUAAUCCUUAAGUUGAAAACCAGUAAUUUCACCAUUGGAUCAUUUGCAAAAUGAGUUAUUUAAGACGCGUGAAAAAUAUCAUUUGCUUGAGUACUUAUGUGAAUGAACUUAAUUGAGUAUCAAAUGAUUCGUUUGCUAACAAAAAAAUAUGUGAAUUAUUUGGCUCAUACGAAAGUUACAAAUUACUCUAUUAAAUCAUUUCCAAAUGC